AUGAAUCAAGCUUCCGUAAAAUCAAAAUUUAAAACAGCUGAAUUCGGUAAUAAUGAAACUAAGGGUGUAAGGUUUAUGAAUAAAACAAAAAAUAAUCAGAAUACAAUAAGCAAAAAUGUAACUGCGCAAAAUUCGUUGUCAUCACAAAAAAAUACAUUUACUAAAAAUUCCAGUUUAAAAAUGAGAACAAAUAAUAAUUCAUUAAACCAUCCCCCUAAAUAUAUCUUGAAGAAUAAUCAAAAUUUUCCUCAUAAAAUUUCUCAAGCUCCUUUAACGAAAACACAUAAUGAAUUAAGAUGCGAAGAAAAAAAAUUUUCUUCAUUUAAUACAAGAAACUCAUUAAAUGAUGAUCCCAAAAAAUCUUUUAUCGUUAAACCAACAGCACUAAACAAAAAUGAAGAAAAAUAUAAUGAUCGAAAAAAUGUAAAAAAAAUUUUUAAUGAUAGUAAUAGCGGUUUAAAGAGAAAUGAUAAUAAUACUAGAUUAACUAGAAUUUUUAAUGCUCAAUCAACGAACAAUACUGCUAAUAAUUCCACAUAUAAUACUGCAUAUAAUGUUCAAAGUAAAAUAGAAAAUAAUAAAAGUGAUAAUGUGAAUAAUUCAGAAAAUUUUAUACAUACUUAUUCUUCGCCAGCUAAAAGAAAAUAUGAAACCUUUGAAAAUGUAAAUAAAAAUGAUGAAAAAGAUAAUAGGGAAAUGAAAACGCAAAAUAAAAGAUUUGCUCAAAAGAAUUAUAAUCUUGAUAAUAAUCUAAAUUUAGAAUGCAAUAAAAAUUUUAACAAUAAUAAUAUUUUAAAUAACACAAGUGAAAAUAUGAAUAGCUAUAGUAAAUAUUCAAAUGAUAACUUAUUUAAUAAAAAUAAUUUAAAUAACAAAUUCUCAGAAAAAAAUAUUUCUUAUAGUAAAAAUAAAAAUGAAACAUUAUUAAAUAGUUCAUAUCCAUUAUUGAAUCCAAUUAAAACAAAUGAUAAUUUUAAUUCAAAUUCACUUGGUAGAAACUACACUAAUUGCGAGCGUUUGAGAAAUAAUAAAAAUAUGCUAAAUGAUCAUAAUUAUGAAUUAAAUCAAAAACAUUAUUAUAAGGAAAAAAAUGGGAACCUUAAUUUAGAAAAUAAUAAAAAUAAAAAUAAUACGGAAUUCAUAGAACAAUUUAAUAACCAUAAAAAUGAAAAUCAUAACGAAGUUUAUUAUUUGAAUGAUUCUUUAAUCAAAGAUGAUAGAAACUUGAAUUAUAUAAUAGAAACAAAUAGUGAAAAAAUAAUAAACACAAGUAAUGAAAAUAAUAAUGAUAAUUUUAACUCAUGUACAUUUGAUAGAUUAAGUGAAGAAAAUUUUAAUUCUUACAUGAAAAGAAAAAUAGAUAAAAAUUGUGAUAUUACCACUAACAAUAUAGAAGAAUUUAAUAUAAUGAAUAAUAGUAUCAAUGAAAAUGUUUCAAAUAAUUCCAAGAAAUUUAGUAAUAUAUUAAAAAAUCAUGUAGAAAAAAAUAAAAUGAAAUUUAUAUUAAGUAAUGAAAAAAUUAUGUUAAGAAAUGACAUAACAGAAACAAAUAAUAUAGAAUUAAAAAAUUUAUCGAAUUCACCUUUUUCUGAAGCCAAUAUAAAUAAUAACAUAGAAAAUUAUCAAGAAAAACAUACAUAUUUUAAGUAUAAUGGAAUAAAUAAAGUGUCUAAAAGUUUAAAUCAGAAUGAACUAAGGGAUAUGGCAAAUAAAAAAAUAAAUAUAGAUACAUAUAAAAGUAAUGAUCGUGAAUAUAUAUAUUUUCAAAAUAUUAUUAAUAAUAUGGAAAAUUGUAAUAGCGUAGAAAACGACAUUGAUACAUUAUACAAACAUGUUAUGAACUUAAAUGAAUACUCAUUAAACUUUAAUUAUGAAAAUGAAUGCAUAAAUGACAUCUUAAAUUUAUCAAAUAAUGUUAAUAAUAAUAUACAAAGUAUACAACAGAUUAUUUAUAAUAAAAAAAAAGUAGUUCAAGAUAAAAGAAAUAUUGUUAAUGAGGAAUAUGAAAAUAUUUGCCAGAAACUAAAAGAUUGCGAAUCUAUAUUUUGUGAUACAAAUGAUGAAACUGGAGAAAAAAAGUUAAAGGUUUUUUAUGAAAUUGAUGAAAAAAAAAAUACAUUAAAAAAUAAGUAUGAACUGAAAAAAAUGUUAUUAAAAAAAGCACAAUAUAAAAUUGACAAGCUACAAGAAUACACCGAUGCUAUCAAGUUUAAAACAUUGGCUAUUUCAAAAAGAUACAAGAAAACCUUUUUAUUGAUUGAAGAACUUUUUCGCUUGAAAAUAAUAAAAGACAAAGAAAAUCAACUAGAAGUUUGCUUAAUACCUAAAAAUACAGAAACAGAUAUGUGGCAUCGGCUACAAUUAGAUAAAAAUGAAAUAACUUCUGAUGCUUGCAAUUAUUUGUGGAGUCAAAUAGAAUCAUUUGUUGAUAAAGAAACAUUUAAUAAUUACUUUUGA